AUGGCUAUCACCCAUGUGAGGUUUAUUGGUGAGAAGACAGUUGACCUUGAACGCGACCUUGCCCGACUGUUAAUGGACGGAGCGCGGCGCGUGAUUGUGGACGGCAAGCAACGAAAGAUGUUAGGGACACUGCUCAUCACACCAGCUAUUGGAGACGGGAAUAUAAAUGUUGUGCCCAUACCUGUAAACCCUGGGACACCGCCCACACCAGGAGGACCUGAGAACAGCCCGUACAUUGACAUGAUGUUAUACAUCUAUAAUCUCACAUACCAGCCGGCCCUCGGUGACCCCAGGACUGUCCUGUACAGGGACUACGCCCAGAGGUUCUGUAAAGAUCUUGAGAAACUAGUACACAGAACGGCAUGGAAGCCAUACUUCCAGAACUGUGACAUCAUUGGAUUCUAUCCCCCUGCUCAAGGAAAAAGGUUUACCUCCCUCCGUGCCCUUCUUAAGGUCGGGGACCCCUUCAUCAGUGCUCCGGCAACCCUUAAGAACAUCAUCAUGACUCAGGCUCCAGAGUUCCCCUUCCCCAUGGACCCCGACGGUCCUCUUAUGACCUACCUUGUUGGCGACAUGCUGGUCAUUCUUGCUGAUGGAGAAUUUGUUGUACGCUACACGCCAUACCAAACGCCAACCACAGCGCUGUUCCCGUCCACAAACAUGUUCACGCAGAUGUCAUUCCCAACGGCGUUUACCUCGUACAGUUUUAUUCCUCCAUCCAUGGGUAUUGGAACCAGCUCCCUGACUGUCAUUGUAUAUAACUCAACUAAUGGGUUUGUUGAUGCGCAGCUGUAUGGCUUCACGUACUCCAAGGACCUCGAUGAUAAAAUGUCCCCAUACUUCCUGCGGCUACAAGAUAGGUUCUGCAAAGAUAUUGACCGUUACUUCAAGAACAGCAACAUGCGUCAGAUAUACCUUGACUGCAAGAUUUCGCACUUCAAGCCUUCUCAAGAUGGCGUACACAACGGGUUUACCUUUAAGCUCACGUUCGCGGCCCCGCUCGGGGACUACCUGCGUGGAAAUAUCAGUGAUAUCAUCCAGAAGAACGCUCCUCAUGAGAUGCAUGGAAACCUGGAGCUGCUUGAUGUUGGAGACUUGAGGCUGAUCUGGAACCAACAUGACUUCAUUGUGUCUGUAACAAACUUUACCGGUGGAGCAACCCAGACAAUCCGACCAUCCAACACACAGAUCAUUGACAGCACAGCUGGGCCAACCGUAUAUUCUGCGACGCUGGCUGACAUAACAUGCGGCAUGUACAACAAGACCUUGAAUUUUAACCUGGAUGACCGCAGCAGCUACGGCUUCCUCCAGCAGCAGGGCAAGUUCUGUGAAGAUGUUGCAUCAUACUACAAGCUGGGUAGACUCGCAGCCAGUUACUACAACAUCUGCUAUGUAGUUAAGUACCGUCUCAACCCGACCAGCAUUAGUUUUCGUGUUAUUUUCGGCGAGCUUCUCUCUGACUCGCUGAAGGUCGCUGUAGUGCAGGAGCUUGAACGUCAUGCCCCGCGUCACGUAAUCGAGCGUACGGACAUGUUUGAGGUUGGUGACCUGAUGCUGAUCAGCGGAAGCUGUAAUGCAUCCCUUAUGCCAGUCAACUACACGGAUAUGAGCACCUACCAGCCCACACCUACCACCACCAUGCCAUCUACCUCGCUCACAUACCAGCCGUGCUUGCGGAGGCCGUGUGGAAACGGGGGAACAUGUAUCGAUGUGACAGACGGGUACUACUGCCAGUGCCCACCUGGAUGGUCGGGUCCCCACUGUAACACAGACAUAGAUGAAUGCCUGGUUCCUCGCUGUAUGAAUGGUGGUGUAUGUGAAAACAGGCCAGGAACCUUCUUCUGUCGAUGUCCGUCAGGAUGGACAGGGGAUAAUUGUCAGAUAGACGUAAAUGAGUGUGCAGCCAGAAACCCAUGCCUGUAUAAUGGCCAGUGUCAAAACACCAACGGCGAUUUCUUCUGUAUCUGCACUCAGGGUCGCACCGGCAAAAUCUGUGAGGAAAAUGUGUAUGAGUGUCAGGAGAAGGGUAUCUGCCUGAACAAUGGGACAUGUGUGGACACAGCGGAGGCGUACUACUGCCUGUGUGCCAUAGGCUGGACCGGAGAGAACUGUGAAAUAGACAUCAACGAGUGUGAUGCGAACCCGUGUCAGCACACUGGCACGUGUAUCAACAACCCGGGCUCCUACAUCUGCUCUUGUCCGCCAGAAUGGAGGGGUCCAUACUGUGAGAGAGAUGUACACGAGUGUCAAGAGAUGCCUGACAUCUGUGAGAAUGGAGGAGUGUGCUUCAAUCUGGUGGGCGGAUACAUGUGUCGAUGUAACUCGGGCUGGACUGGCGUGAACUGCGAGAUAGAUAUCCGUGAGUGUGAUGGGAGCCCAUGUAAGAAUGGAGCUCGUUGUAUAGAGAAGCCAGGCUCGUACGAGUGUGUGUGUCCAGCAGGAUUCUCAGGGGUCAACUGUGAAAGAGACAUAGACGAGUGUAUGAUGUACAACCCGUGUAAGAACAGUGCCACCUGUAUCAACAAGAUGGGCGGUUAUCGGUGUAUCUGCGGGAACGGAUGGACCGGGCAAAACUGCACUACAGACAUUGAGGAGUGCCUUAUUAACCCAUGUAUGAAUGGAGCGACGUGUGAGGAGCUUCAGGGCACGUACAAGUGUAGUUGUCCCCUGGGUUUCACUGGAAACCUCUGUGAUGCAGAGUUCAAUAUAAAUGAGUGUGAGCGAUUUCCAUGCGGAAAUGGGGCCAGCUGCAUCAACACUCUCGGCUCCUACUACUGCCAGUGUCCCAUCGGUUUUACCGGACCUGACUGUAGAACAGACCUGAAUGAGUGUGACACGAGCCUGACAAUGCACCCAUGCCAGAACAACGGCUCGUGCAUGAACUCUUAUGGCUCUUACUACUGUGUGUGUCCCACGGGCUGGACAGGCAUCAACUGUACCAGUGAUAUAAAUGAGUGCAGCUACCAACCAUGUGCUAAUGGUGGCAAGUGUGUCAACAUUCCUGGCUCCUACUACUGUACAUGUGGUGACGGAUUCACUGGCUCCGACUGCGGUGUUGAUAUAGAUGAGUGUGUAGAGUACCGCCCAUGCCUAAAUGAGGGAACAUGUGUGAACACGGUGGGAGGGUACUACUGUCGCUGCCCUAGUGGAUGGACUGGAGAAAACUGUGGAACCUUUGUGGACCUGUGUAUUUCCAUCAGCUGUGAUAAUGGGGGCACGUGUCUGGGAGUCCAGGACAAGCUGUGUGACUGUGCUCCUGGAUGGUCUGGAACAUACUGUAGAGUCGAUAUAAAUGAGUGUGUCACGGGAAACCCGUGCCAGAAUGGAGCAACCUGCUCCAACAACAAUGGUGGUUACAUGUGCAAAUGUCCGCCAGGAUGGAAGGGACCUAACUGCUCCAUCAAGAGUAACGAGUGUUCCCUGAACCCGUGUUCCAAUGGGGCAACCUGUGUGGAUGGCAGUGAUGGCAACUACAUCUGUAACUGCCCUCGACAGUGGACUGGUCCAACAUGCAGGGAAGACAAGAAUGAGUGUACAGAGAUUGUGAACUCGUGCCUGUUUGGCGGCCAGUGUAUCAACACCAUUGGAGGAUAUAACUGUAUCUGUCCUGACGGUCGGACAGGGCAGGACUGUGAACUAGACAUAGAUGAGUGUACAGCCCUUGGCUUCAACCCGUGUAAGAACGGUGCAACAUGUGCCAACACAGACGGCUCGUACCAGUGUUUCUGUGCCCAGGGCUGGAUUGGAUUCGACUGUACCACUGAUGAUGAUGAGUGUGCGAGGGAUACUUGUACAAACGGAGGUCGUUGUAGGAAUCUGCUGGGCUCCUACACAUGUGAUUGUCCUCCCAACUGGAGCGGACCAAACUGCAGGACCAACGUGAACGAGUGCACAGUGUACUCCCCAUGUAUGAAUGGUGGGACGUGUAUUGACUCCCCUGGCUCCUACACUUGCCGAUGUGCCAACGGAUGGACCGGCACUAACUGUACCAUUGACUACAAUGAGUGUGUUGAUGUUGCUGAUCCCUGCCAGAACGGGGGGACAUGUGAAAACAAGGAUGGAUCCUACAGCUGUAUCUGCGCAUUGGGAUGGACUGGACCCUACUGUAACAUUGAUGAGAAUGAAUGUACGGAUGUGACCAUCUGCAAGUUUGGCGGGACGUGUGUUAACUUCCCGGGAGGGUUUAGGUGUGAGUGCCCCACUGGACGGACAGGGGAACACUGCGAAACUGAUGUGAAUGAGUGUGACUUCAGUCGUUGCAUGAACAAUGCAACGUGUGAGAACACGGCUGGGUCGUUUGUCUGCCGGUGUCUGCCAGGCUUUGAUGGGCAGUACUGUGAAAGAAAUAUCAACGAGUGUGAGGUGUAUGCACCGUGCAUGAACGCUCUCCGGUGUAUCGACAUGUAUGGCACGUACCGCUGUGAUUGUCAACUUGGAUGGAUGGGAAAAGACUGUGAUCAGGAUGUAAAUGAGUGUACUAUCGGAGAGGUGCCUGGAGUACCAUGUUUUAACGGUGGAACUUGCACCAAUACCUUGGGUUCGUACAGAUGUCAGUGUCGUCCGGGAUGGACUGGCCAGAAUUGUGAACAAGAUGUGGAUGAAUGCCUCAACAAUCCUUGCCGUAACGAUGGUCUCUGUGUCAACCUCGAGGGCUCCUACCAGUGUCAAUGUCCACAGACAUGGACCGGUGACCACUGUGAUAAAGACGUGGAUGAGUGUUUGCUGUAUGCCCCUUGUCUCCACGGCGGUGUUUGUACCAACAUUGCUGGAGGCUACAUGUGUAACUGCCCUCCCCAAUGGCAGGGUAUUGACUGCCAACUCGACGUGAAUGAGUGUCUUGAGUUCAACCCUUGCUAUAACGGGGGCACGUGUCUCAAUGUGAAGGGAGACUUCCAGUGCCUUUGUUCACCACAGUGGACAGGACCUACAUGUAACGAUGAUUUUAAUGAGUGUAACGUGACCAACCCAUGUCUACAUGGAGGGACGUGCACCAAUACGAUUGGUGGAUACCGCUGCUUCUGUCCACCCGAAUGGUCCGGUGACAUCUGCGAAAAAGAUGUAAAUGAGUGUAACCUGACUCCCCCAGUUUGCCAGAAUGGAGGUACCUGCUACAAUUCCUAUGGAGCUUUCAUUUGUAGAUGUCCUUUUGAAUGGACCGGCCCAACUUGUGGAGAUGACCGUGACGAGUGUAGGGAGAUUCGCCCGUGUAACAACGGGGGUACAUGUAUCAACCAGGCUGGCGGCUAUGUGUGCCAGUGUCCCCCGGGAUGGACUGGCAACGACUGUAAUGUUGAUGUCAACGAAUGUGAAUUUUCACCAUGUUACAACGAGGGUAUCUGUUUCAACAGCAUGGGCUCGUUCACAUGCGAGUGUGCACCAGGGUGGCAGGGACCCACAUGCAGAAACGAUACUAACGAGUGCAUGGUGAACCCGUACAUCUGUAUGAACAGCGGAGAGUGUGUGAACACAGAGGGAGCCUAUCAGUGUAACUGUUCACAGGGCUGGGGUGGAAAACACUGCGAGAAGGACACGGAGCCAUGUCUGCGUAUCCAGUGUUUAAACGGUGGCUACUGUCAGGAGACAUCUAACAACUCCGGCGCCUACAUGUGUAAAUGUCCGUCUGGGUGGACAGGCGACAGGUGUCAGUACGAUCGCGAUGAGUGUGUGGAAAUACGGCCAUGUAAGAAUGGCGGAAGCUGUAUCAACCUGGUUGGUGGCUUCAUGUGUGAAUGUCCACCAGGCCUGGAGGGGGACACGUGUGAAAUAGAUAUAAUUGAGUGUUUACUGCCUUCCAACCCGUGUACGAAUGGAGCGACUUGUACAAACACUUUUGGAUCAUUCUACUGCACAUGUGAAAAAGGAUGGACUGGCCCCUAUUGUGGAGAAGGUAUCACAUGA